AAUUUUCCAGAGAAUUGCGGGGAAGACUGAAGAGAGCUUCUCUAUUCUCCUCUGUUUUUUCUGUUUCGUUUGGUUUUCUGUAUGUUAUACUAGGCUCAGAUUUAUCUCCAUCGCUUCUGCUUUGUUCUCAAAUCACCGGAAGAGAUGGAUCGAGAAGGGGGAUCCGACGAGUCCUGCUACUAUUCCGUUCUCGGGAUCCGUAGGGAUGCCUCCUUCUCUGAAAUCCGUGGCGCAUAUCGAAAGCUUGCUUUGAAAUGGCAUCCAGAUAGGUGGACUAGAAAUCCAAAGGUCGCCGGGGAAGCCAACAGGCGGUUUCAGCAAAUCCAAGAGGCUUAUUCCGUUUUGUCUGAUAAGGGGAAGCGAUCAAUGUACGAUGCCGGCUUGUACGAUCCAUUCGAAGAAGAAGAUGAAGGCUUUUCUGAGUUCAUGCAAGAGAUGCUAUCAAUGAUGGACAAUGUUAGAGCUGAGGAGGACAGUUUUGAGGACCUUCAGAAGAUGUUUGCGGAGAUGGCUGGAGGGGAUGGGAUGAAAAAUCAUGUUGAAACGGAUCGCACGGGUGGGAAGAGGACACGCGUGCCGACAUCUAAGGGAAACUCCACGAAACGGAGUACUUCCCGUGUGAGCGUUUCUAUUUCCGUUUCUGAUUGUAGAAAGUGACGAACGGUUAUUUAACUCAAUUGUUCUUCAACUUCUGUAUGUUGUAAUUCUUCUUUUCUACUUUUGAACGCUUUAACCUAGGACCAGGAGGAAAAAGAAAAGAGUAAUCAAAAAUCAACAUUGAUGGAGGUGGAGAUGGAGGUUGUUGGUUGUGUUUUUAGGUUUUAAUUUAGUUCUUGGUUUACUUGGGUUGGGGGAGUUGUAGUCAUUGGUCUUAAGGGUUUUUUUUAGCCCCCUAAUCAUUGAAAUGAAAUUCCCUUCUCUCUCUCU